AUGAAAAUUUUCAGUCAGCUUUGGAUCUACCGAAGGUUCCUACUGAUUCUCUUCACUCCAUUGCUUUUACUUCCACUGCCUCUCAUCAUUCGAACCAAAGAAGCAGAAUGUGCAUACACGCUGUUUGUAGUUGCGAUCUUUUGGCUCACAGAAGCUCUGCCACUGGGUGUUUCAGCUUUACUUCCUGCCUUAAUGUUCCCAAUGUUUGGUAUUAUGGCAUCCAAGGAGGUGGCAGCUGCUUAUUUCAAAGAUUUUCAUUUGCUAUUAAUUGGAGUAAUUUGUUUGGCCACAUCAAUAGAAAAAUGGAAUUUGCACAAGAGAAUUGCUUUGAAAAUGGUGAUGAUAGUAGGUGUGAACCCUGCAUGGCUUACGCUGGGCUUCAUGAUGAGCUGUGGCUUCUUAUCUAUGUGGCUUAGUAACACCUCUACUGCUGCUAUGGUGAUGCCAAUUGUAGAGGCUGUAGCUCAGCAGAUCAUAGGUGCUGAAGCAGAAGUCGAUGCCUUAGAGAUGAAUUGCGCAACUGGAUCCACCAAUGAGGCAUUGGAACUUGAUGAAAGUGUUAGUGAAUGUGAAGCUAGUGACUGGAAAGAGAAAACAAAAGAAGUUAAUGGAUACACCAAUGGUGAGGGUCACACUGUGUGCGAGAUUGAAAAGGAAAAGACUCUGCCCCCAGCUGAGACAGGAAGAAAAUACAGAAACCAGAAAGACCACAUGAUGUGCAAAGUGAUGUGCUUGUGUAUUGCUUAUUCUUCUACCAUUGGAGGGCUGACUACAAUCACAGGAACAUCAACAAAUUUGAUUUUUGCUGAGCAGUUCAAUACACGCUAUCCAGAUUGCCAGUGCAUCAAUUUUGGAUCCUGGUUUAUACUCUGCAUCCCCAUCACUAUUAUCAUUAUGUUGCUCUCCUGGGUCUGGCUCCAGUGGCUUUUCCUUGGUUUCAAUUUCAAAGAAAUGUUCCGAUGUGGCAAGGAAAAAACAGCCAGAGAACAGGCCUCUGCGCAGGUGAUUAAAGAGGAGUACACAAAGCUUGGACCAAUAAGCUACCCAGAAAUCAUUACCAUUGUCCUGUUCAUUUUAAUGGCCCUCUUGUGGUUUACCAGAGAACCUGGAUUCAUCCCUGGAUGGUCUUCUCUUUUUCUUCAAUACCCAGGCUUUGCUACAGAUUCAACAGCUGCCUUAUUAAUUGGCCUCCUCUUCUUCAUUAUUCCAGCAAAAACUUUGUCUAGGACUUCAAAUGGAGAGAACACUAUUUUUGAUUACACUCCUCUGAUUACUUGGAAGGAAUUUCAGUCAUGCAUGCCCUGGGAGAUAACGAUUCUUGUUGGUGGAGGUUUUGCACUGGCAGAGGGCUGUGAGGUUUCAAAACUAUCAGCUUGGAUAGGAAGCAAAUUAACCCCUCUGGGAUCAUUACCGAUGUGGUUGAUUAUCCUAAUAUCAUCUCUGAUUGUCACCUCAGUAACAGAAGUGGCCAGCAAUCCAGCUACCAUCACUAUAUUCUUGCCUAUACUAUCACCUUUGGCUGAAGCUAUUCAUGUGAACCCACUUUAUAUUUUGAUACCGACUACACUGUGUACUUCGUUUGCGUUCCUACUUCCCGUAGCAAAUCCACCCAAUGCCAUUGUAUUUUCAUAUGGUCAUUUGAAAGUUAUUGACAUGGUGAAAGCUGGCUUGGGUGUUAAUAUCAUCGGAGUUGCUGUAGUUAUGCUUGCUGUCACAACAUGGGCAGUGCCCCUGUUUGAUCUUCAAACAUAUCCAAGUUGGGCACCAGAUCUUUCCACUAUGAAUAACACAGGGCCGUAAAAACUGGCAAGGUUUUUGUGGGUUUUUUUACUAUUACUUGGUGAGUUAGUAGAAAUGCAAAAUACACUACAAUAACGAUAGUGAUCCAUGUUACUUUGAAGUCCAUAUUUCCCAGUCCCAGGGAUUGAUGAUCUGCUGAUCCUAAUCAGGAAUAAUGUUAUCCAAAUAUGGGCUUUGCAAACACCAUGAAGCUUGAAUGUGUUUCUUAGCCAGGUCGUCUUAUUCAGAUUUUACUUGUAUAUGUUGUUGAGUACCAUCUGUGAAUGUGCACAUUCUUUAUGAAUGACAAUUUGGCCCUGUUCUUAGGGUCAUAAAAUAACAGGAGCUAUCUAUUUUAACAUUUUAAAUGUUGUAGGAACAUUUGCUGCUGGUCUGUAGAACACACUGUAUUUUUGGUUGUUGGGGGUGUUUUGGGUUUUUUUUCAAGUCAUAAAAUUUUAGAUGAUGAUGAUGAUGAUGAUUACAAAUGAAAGGUCAGGCUGGGGAUUGUCUGAACAAUCCAUUCACUGCUCUGUCCAUAAAUCUGAUCUUGUAGGAAAAGUACAAUCGGUGGAGAGCUGCCUGGGUAUUUAUACUCCCGCUUUUCUGUCAACGUUUCUCUGGCCAUCCCCUUACUAUCUGCAGGGAAAAUCAUUUAGACCCCAGUUCAGGAAAGCAAUUAAGCAUUUAUUUAAUUCUAUCCCUAGCCAGGACUGUACUUAAGCCAGAGGUUCUCACAACAAAUUUUUUGGUGGUCUCAGAGUGCAGCCACCAACUCUUGCUGGUGGCCGCACUGAUACUUUUUCCUAAAAUACUU